AUGACAUCGCAACUAAUGGAAGAAAGCAUGAGAAGCAACAAUGAAGGUGUUGCACAUGCUGCAUCCAAUCAUGUGAACCAAGCUGCUGACGAGUUUUGCAAGUCUCUACGGAUUGCCCAGCACCUCCUCAGUGGUGUGUCUCCCGAGUAUAAUGAUCUUCAGUCUCCAUCUACUGAUCCGAUGCAUCUGCCAACAGACAUGGGGAAUGAACGCUAUCAUCAUUACCAUACCACCAAAACUGUCCGAUUUGUCAAGAGUGGUCCAUCGGGAGUCUUUGUCUAUCAAAAGGCCUUGAUCCUUGAAUCCACUUCUUCUGCUAGUAUGACUAGCGAAACACUGGCUAACCGCCUUAGCACCUACUGCGCUGCUACUUGCUACAAUCUCGCGCUACUAUAUCACCAAGAGGGACUGAGCACUGGCCGCUCCCGAUGCAUUGACAAGGCCGAACAGCUAUACUCGGCAUGCCUAAGGCUCUUGCAGAAUGGCAAUCUUUCCUGUCUCAAUCCAACGACUUUGUUGAUUACGAUUAUUGCCUCCAACAAUUUGGCAGAGAUCGAGCUAUCCAAAGGCAUGGUUCAAACUGCCUCAUCUCACAUCCAAUUCGUGGAAUGGUUGGUGUAUGAAUGUCAAGUCGUGAAACUCGAUCUGUUCAGUCCAGAGGAGAUCCACGAUCUGAUGGGCAACAUGCUACACGGAAAAGGAAUGAACACAGCUACGGCUGCCUAG